AUGGAUCCCGUUGACGUUGCCGCGCACGAGGAGCGCAAGAAGUCUCUUUACCAGAACCGGUGGCGCCAUGUCCUUGAUAAUCCGAAGCUGCUGGUAAUUGCCUUUUUCGCGUCGCUGGGAGGCUUCGAGUAUGGGUAUCAGCAGGGAGUCCUCGGCCAGUCGCUCGUCAUGUACCGCUUCAAAGACAACUUUCCGUCCGUGGUCAACUCCACUAGCGCUACGGGGUGGUUGACUUCGGUUUUGCAGCUUGGAGGUCUCUUUGGGUCGCUUACUGCUGGUAUACUUGGAGAGAUCUUCUCGAGGAAGUACACCAUGUUCAUGGCUUCCUGCUGGGUCGUCCUCGGCAGCUACCUAUACAUCGGCGCGAAGUACCAUGACCCUUCUUUACUUUAUGCUGGGCGAUUCUUCACCGGCGUCGGUGUUGGCACCUUCAGUGGCGUGGGGCCGCUAUACAACGCCGAACUCGCAACACCUUCGAUGCGCGGCUUCUUCGUCUCAUUCUAUCAAUUCGCAACCAUUCUCGGCAUGUUCCUCGCGUUCUGGGUGGGCUACUCGAGCAACAUGCACAUGGGCGGCACAGGGGAGACCCAAACGAACCUCGCCUGGCAGCUGCCAUCAAUCAUCCAAGGCAUUCCGGCUGCUCUACUGAUGGUUGGGGUCUGGUUCCUCCCAUUCUCGCCCCGAUGGCUCGCGAAGAAAGGCAGGGACGAGGAAGCGCGCAAGACACUGGCCUACAUCCGCAAUCUCCCCGUUGACCACCCCAUGAUUGACCUGGAGCACAAGGAGAUCCAGGCCGAGACCCUCUUCGAGCAACGCGCCUUCGCCAAGGCUUUCCCCGGACUCGCCGAGAAGGAGAAGCAGAGCGUCAUCAUGCGCGAGCUGGCGCAGUACUGGCAUAUUCUGCGCAAAUGGGAUGCAUUUAAACGAGUCUCGACAGCGUGGCUCGUUAUGUUCUGGCAGCAAUGGAGUGGAAUCGACGCAAUCCUCUACUACGCCGCGAACGUGUUCGAAGACCUGGGCAUGACCGGCGGCACCACGGCCCUCCUCGCAACCGGAAUCACGGGCGUCUUCUUCCUGGUCUUCACAGUCCCCGGCAUGCUCGUGAUCGACAAGUUCGGCAGAAAGCCCAUGCUCAUCGUCGGGUCUUUCUUCAUGCUCAUCUUCAUGAUCAUCGUCGCGGUAAUCGUCGCCAAAUGCAGACACGAUUGGGCCAGCCACUCCGCAGCAGGCUGGGCCGCGUGCGCGUGCAUCUGGCUGUAUAUCGGCUGCUUCGGCGCCACCUGGGGCCCCGUGAGCUGGACGCUGGUCUCUGAGAUAUUCCCGCUGUCGAUUCGCUCGAAGGGCGCUGCGUUCGGGGCGUCGAGUAACUGGAUUAACAACUUCGCCGUGGCGUUCUACACGCCCGAUAUGUUUGACAUGUGGGCGUACGGGACGUACAUUUGGUUCGCGGGGUUCCUGAGCGCCGGCAUCUUGUGGGUCUGGUUCUUCCUGCCUGAGACGAAAGGGGCGUCGCUUGAGGAGAUGGAUCGGGUUUUUGGAAGUCGAACUGGGGCGGAGGAUGCUGCUAUGAUGGCGCAGGCGCGGGCGGAUGUUGGGCUCGACCAGCGUGUUGAGCAGUUGGCGGAGAAGGCGGCUAUUGGUAGUGUGCAUGUGGACGAAGGACGAGUCUCGCAGGAAGAGAAGGUCUGA